UAACAAAACACAGUGAAAACAAUGAUUAUUCCAUAUGCAGUUUGCAGGAUGUCCAUGGCAACAUUGAAAAUCAAUUCCUUAUUGUCACCAGAUUUUCUUAUAUAAGAAGAUCCAUUUCAAAUAGCCUAAACACUUUUUCUUCUGUUGGAUCAUGAUGGCAAGAUUCAAGGGAGGGUAUGAUGGAAAGAUUGCUGGAUUAUAUGAUCUGGAUAAAACCUUGGGUCGAGGUUAUUUUGCAGUGGUUAAACUUGAUAGACAUGUCUUUACAGGUGAAAAGAUGGCAGAAAAAGUUAUUGACAAGACAAAACUGGACACUCUAGCAACAAGUGAUCUUUUCCAGGAAGUGAGAUGUAUGAAACUAAGGCUGCAUUCUAACAUCUACACCUUUACAAAGUUAUUGACCCAGACCAAACUGUAUCUUAUUCUAGAACUGGGAAAUGGAGAUAUGUUUGAUUACAUAAUGAAACACGAGGAGAGUCUUAAUGAAAACUUGGCUAAGAAGUACAUUGCUCAGAUAGUGCAUGCUAUAUCUUAUUGCUAUAAACUCCAUGUAGUUCACAGAGACUUAAAACCAGAGAAUGUGGUCUUCUUUGAAAAACAAGUUCUUGUCAAGUUGACAGACUUUGAUUUCAGCAACAAGUUUCAACCAGGGAAGAAGCUCAUGACAAGCUGUGGAUCUCUUGCAUUUUCUGCUCCAGAAAUUCUGCUUGGUGGUGAGUAUGAUGCACCCGCAGUAGAUUACCAGGUGUCAUUGAAAUCUUUCAUUAAAUAUGAACUCCUUCUUCUCUUCCUGCCGAAAUGA